AUGUCCUAUGACCGCUACAUGGCUGUUUGCCAUCCACUGAGAUAUCCUGUCCUCAUGAGCCAGCAAUUAUGCCUGAGAAUGACUUUGGGGUCUUGGUUCCUGGGGGCAGCUGAUGGGCUCAUGCAGGCUGCUGCUACCCUGAGCUUCCCAUUUUGUGGCUUAUGUGAGAUCAAUCAUUUCUUCUGUGAGGCCCCCAUGCUGCUGCGCUUGGCUCGUGCUGACAUAUCAGUCUUCGAAAAUGUAAUGUACAUCUGCUGUGUGUUAAUGCUUCUGGUCCCCUUUUCCCUCAUCCUGACCUCCUACAGUUUUAUCAUCGCAGCUGUUCUCCAGAUGCGUUCUAGAGAAGCCUGCAAGAAUGCUUUUGUCACCUGCUCCUCACAUUUGGCUGUGGUGGGACUCUUUAAUGGAGCUGCCAUUUUCACCUACAUGAGACCCAAAUCCUACAGGUCAGCUGACCUUGAUAAGGUCGUGUCAGCAUUCUACACUAUCUUCACCCCUGUGCUGAACCCCCUCAUCUACAAUCUGAGGAACAGCGAGGUCAAGGGGGCCCUGAGAAAGGUGGCUGGGGAAAUGUGUAAAUUUAAAAUGACAGCAAACUUAGUCUCAUUCUUCAAAUUAUUCAAAGAGUCUAAUUUCCUGAAGUUGUUAACAUUUAAACAUAUGGCAAUUCUCUCUCCUUUAAUAAUGCUUGAAGAGAAAGUUAAAUUCUUUGAUCAGUAUAAUAGGAAGUAG